CCAUUGAGUUCCAUUUUCUUUGAAUUCCUUUCCCGUGCCAUCGAGACCCAUUUUCUUUGACCCAUUUCACAUUUUUCAGUUAUCCAAUCAGGCCGAUGGUUUCUUCCUAAUGAUCGUCAAAAAAUCCAUUAUUUUCACAACUACAGUACCUAAUCGCGUAAAGAAAGUUUUGGGUUCCUUUGUUUCUUUAUUUUUCUUCUUUAGGAUAUUCAAGGAGAUGGCAAAUUUGAUCUCUGGGGUUCUUGUGAAGCUUCUUGAAGAAAUGGCAGUUGAUGAAAAGGUGCCAGAGGAUUGUAAACCUGUUAUGUUACAAAUUCGAAGCAUAAUUCCUAUAUUGGCAGAGGAUGAUAUUUGGCCUAACCAAGGGUUCUACUUGAAGGUUUCUGAUGCUUCGCAUUCUAUGUAUGUAUCUCUGCCUCACGAGAAUGAUGACAUGGUUCUUUGUAAUAAAUUGCGACUUGGGCAGUUAAUAUACGUCGAAAAGUUGGAGGGAGCGUAUCCAGUUCCAAUGCUUAAAGGCGUGAAGCUUGUCCCAGGCCGGCGUUCCUGCAUUGGAAAUCCCAAAGAUCUUGUUGCCAUAGAAAAUUUGGCGAAUGUUUCUCGGGCUUCUGAUUCUUUGUUUUCGAUGGAAAUGGAUAAGAAGCCGCAAGAAAGGUUUCGUUCUCAAAGAUUUUCAAGGGUCAGAUCAAAUGAAGAUCCACAUAGACAAGCCCGCAGGUCUAGAACUUUCGAUAUCGUGAGCGAAUCAUCUGAUGUAAUGAAGUCGUAUCGGAAAAUUAGCUCAGGUUCAGUCGACAAAGAUAGCGAUACAGAAAGUACAAUAUCUUCGUCCUCAUCUGUGACGGCAUUCAAGAGAAGAAGCUGGAAUGGGGGAGACAUUUCAGACUCCCAGAUUAUCAAGCAUGGGAGGAAACCAACUGGUCGUAGUCGAAGUGUACGUGUUUCUCCAGUCUUUUGUGCUGGGUAUGAUAGCUUAGAUGACAAUUCAAGCCCUAAAUCAAGAAGAAAAGAUAUUGGGAUAGAUAUGAAAUCGGUCAAAAGUUCCAACAAGUGUAGAAUCCCUAUGUCAGCAAAAUGUUGCGAGUCUUUGGAUCCUGCGGUGGUGUUUAGUUUGGUUGAUGAUAAAAAAUUGACAGAAACAACAAUAUUAUGGAGUUCCCUCCCCUCAACAUUAGUGAAGCUUGGCAAGGAGGUUUUAAGGCACAGAGAUGUGGCUCUGCUUGCUGCUGUGGAGGCAUUGCAAGAGGCUGCUGCUGGCGAAAGAUUGCUCAAAUGCCUAAGGACAUAUUCAGAGCUUCAGGCAGCCAAGGGGGCUGAUCGGCAGCCAUUAGUUGAUAACUUUUUUAGUCUUCAAGAUGACUUGGGGCACACUCAACAAAUUAUUGAGCUAUAUGCAAACAGUAAUCUACUGAGAGCAAAGGACAGUAAUCCCAAGGGCCCUGGUUCCAUCAGAGAAUGUCUGAAACUUGCUUUGGACAGAAAGAAAAAUGCAACUACAUGGAUUAGAGCUGCUUUGGUAUCCGACCUCACACUAUUUUCUGCCACUGGCAUCCCCAAGAGGACUACCAACGUGGGGAAAAAAACAAGCAUAACUUAUGGCAGUAAAACAAAGGGCACGUGUAUGGCGAGAAAACAUGUUAAUAGUGGCGAAAUCCAGGUUGGAUUGGCAGCUGAGACGAACAGUUCACCGCAAUGGUUUAAGGGAAGUGCUCUGCAUGCAGCAGUGGACCUGAAAAAUUCCCUUCAUGAUGAAUGUAGAAGAUGGUUCUUGGCUUUCGUUGAGGAUUACUUAGAUGAAGUGAAGGAAAAAACCAUUUCGAUGGAAUCAGAUAGCCAGGUAGCUGAGAUGAUGUGUCAGAUCAAGAGAGUGAGUGACUGGUUGGAUGUGAUGGUUAGCGAAAAGGCUAAAUCUCUGAAAAUGAGAUCCAAAGACGGUGCCCCAGUGGAGGAUUCUGAGUUAGAAGCUUUUGGAAGGGUGAGGGACAAAAUAUAUAUGGUCCUCUUGAAGCAUGUUGAGAGAACAUGCCAUGGAUUGGAAAAUAUGAAUGCAAUAGCUGAAGGUUGAAAACUUUCCAGUAAUGAAAUACUGUACUUCCAGGAAGGAGUUCUGACGAUUGACGAACAUUAACUAUCCAAAACUGCAUGUUGAUCCAUCUCAGUCUCCUUAUAAUUCUUAGUAGACGCAGUUUGUAUGGAAAAAAUGCCAUUCACUUCCAAAUAUGUAAAUAGAUUUUUUUCCCCUUUAGAAAUUCAGAUGUAAUUCGUUAUGAUUCUUUCAUCCAAUGAAAUGCACCGUUUCACUAGUUUUCUUUUGA